GCUUCAUUGUUUCGUUGAGCAAUCCAUGAUUUUGCAGUUUCGUGUUUUGACGUAGGGGUCUGUCGUUGUUUUCUUUCUGCCCAGUGUUAAGUUUCACAUCAGUUUUCGAGACGCUAUGGACAGACUAUUGCGUUUAGGUGGCGGUAUGCCGGGGCUCUCGCAAGCCCCGCCACCAUCCGACGCUCCCGUCGUCGAUACCGCCGAACAGGUGUACAUCUCAUCUCUGGCACUGCUGAAGAUGCUCAAACACGGCAGAGCUGGUGUACCUAUGGAAGUCAUGGGUUUGAUGCUGGGUGAAUUCGUGGAUGAUUACACCGUACGUGUGAUAGAUGUUUUCGCGAUGCCGCAGACUGGAACUGGAGUCAGCGUGGAGGCAGUGGAUCCAGUUUUCCAAGCGAAAAUGUUGGACAUGCUAAGACAGACCGGAAGACCCGAGAUGGUGGUGGGCUGGUACCAUUCCCAUCCCGGAUUCGGAUGUUGGUUGUCCGGUGUGGACAUCAACACCCAGCAAUCUUUCGAAGCUUUGUCCGAGCGCGCUGUCGCCGUCGUCGUCGACCCCAUCCAAUCUGUGAAAGGCAAAGUCGUAAUCGAUGCAUUCAGGUUAAUCAAUCCGAACAUGAUGGUUUUGGGUCAGGAGCCCAGACAGACCACCUCCAACUUGGGACAUCUGCAGAAGCCGUCCGUGCAGGCGCUCAUCCACGGCCUGAACAGGCACUACUAUUCGAUCAGUAUCAAUUACAGGAAAAACGAGCUCGAGCAGAAGAUGCUGCUGAAUCUGCACAAAAAGUCGUGGAUGGACGGUCUCACGCUCGCAAAUUACACCGAAAAUUGCUCUGUGAACGAGAGGACAGUUUCGGAUAUGUUGGAUCUGGCGAAGAACUAUAACAAGGCGUUGGAGGAGGAGGAGAAGAUGACGCCAGAGCAGCUGGCAAUCAAGAAUGUGGGAAAGCAGGAUCCGAAGAGGCAUUUAGAGGAGAAGGUCGACGUGCUGAUGACCAACAACAUCGUGCAAUGUCUGGGAGCUAUGCUGGACACCAUGGUCUUCAAAUAAUCCAUAACAUAUAUUUUCCGUUCUGUUUCUUUCAGAAUCCUUUUUUUAUAUUUACAUGCCUUAAUUAAGUUAAAUUAAAAUC